UCCGGUUAGAUCGCUAUCUCGUGCUCCUCGCGACUCGCCGAUGCGUCCCGAGACCGGGCCUUGAGAACCGAUGCCCUAUUUAGGAAAGCGCACUUUGGAGCUGCUCUCUUGCAUUCCGCCUUCUCAAUCAAAUUGCGUUCAGAUUUAGUAGAGCGUACAAAUUGUGUGCUGAUCGUGACACAGCUGUCGAUUAUUUGGACUCAUGAGCUCUCAAUUAAGGUAAUCUCGAUGAUGAUAUUAUCUUUCUCUUUCUAAGUGGCUAUUAGAUUUUUUAUAAAAGUGGUUAUGUCACUUAAGGAUGCUUAUUCUGUAAUCCUUAAUGAUGUCAUUAUUGAACGACUGUCGUCAGUGAAUAGUAAUUUUUCUCAUUUUAUACAAAAUAGCGACAAAGUUUUUGUAAGUUCAAUAUCUGAAGGGACGUUGAACUUACGGCAAUUUUGUUACCAUUUCGUUGUUAAUAAAUAAUGUAUCAUUUAUAGAAGAGGAAAAAUUACUAAUCGUUCGAUAAUAUCAUUAAGAAUUACAGAAUAGAGCCCAAAAUUGAAUUUAAUAGAAAAUUUGGUUUUACGAAUUUAUCAAUUUUUAUUUUCUUUUCAUGUUUCCUCACGUGCGAUUAAAGAUAAUUACAAUCAUGCGCUUGUAUGUUAAUUUUAAUGAAGUACACAAUUAUCUUGCUGCGGCGAUGAGAAUAUAUCCAUCAAACGAACGAGAAUUUUAAAUAAAGGAUACUUGUGAAGGCGGUAUGCAAAGUGAGUUGUCAAGAGCUGCAAAGUUCCUUUAUGAUGAAAUAGGGCAGAGUGUUAGAAUACGUACGAAAUAUGAACCCAAGUUCUAACUCUCAUUGCGGCAUGAGAGACCUGCAGUCUGUUCACACAUGUUGCUUCGGUUUAGAUUUGACCCAUUAAUGCGGUAUGGCACUAACACGUUGUAUAUUUGUAUAAUAUUGUUGUCGUCCUGUGUCCACUAGGAGGAUAGCAGAGCCCGUGUUUUGUACUCGUCUGCGCUUGGUUUUCCUUGUGAAGUUUGUGGCAUAGGUUCGGAGCCGCAAGUCGAGAAACGAUGAAUGCCUCAGAACAUGGGUUUAACCCAGCCUUUAACAUGGCCUCCAUAAAGCAGGCUUUCAAUGAGGCUGUGGAAAGAGUUAGGAUGCCUGCCCCGACGCGGCUGAGGGAUCUGAUUAGGCAAAUACGGGCUGCACGAACGGCCGCGGAGGAGAGGACGGUCGUGAACAAGGAAUGCGCGUACAUUCGCUCGACGUUUAGGGAAGAAGACAGCGCGUGGAGGUGUCGUAACAUCGCCAAGUUACUGUACAUUCAUAUGCUGGGGUAUCCGGCGCACUUUGGUCAAUUGGAAUGUUUGAAGCUCAUCGCGUCGCCCAGAUUCACCGACAAGCGGAUCGGUUACUUGGGGGCCAUGCUGUUGCUGGACGAGCGGCAGGACGUGCAUCUCCUGAUCACGAAUUGUCUGAAAAAUGACUUGAACAGCUCCACGCAGUUCGUCAUCGGUCUGGCGUUGUGCACCCUCGGCGCGAUCGCGUCGCCGGAAAUGGCGAGGGAUCUCGCGUCGGAGGUGGAGAGACUGAUGAAGUCACCGAACGCGUACAUCCGGAAGAAAGCGGCGCUCUGCGCCUUUCGGAUCAUCAGACGCGUGCCGGAGCUGAUGGAGAUGUUCCUGCCGGCCACCCGCAGCCUGAUCACCGAGAAGAAUCACGGGGUCCUCAUUACCGGCGUCACCCUCAUCACGGAGAUGUGCGAGAACAGCGUCGACACGUUGAAUCACUUCAAGAAGAUCGUGCCAAAUCUCGUGAGAAUCUUGAAGAACCUGAUCCUAGCCGGAUACUCGCCCGAGCAUGACGUAUCCGGGGUGUCGGAUCCGUUUCUUCAGGUGAAGAUACUGCGUCUCCUGCGCAUACUGGGACGCAACGACGUCGACGCGUCCGAAGCCAUGAACGACAUUCUUGCUCAAGUCGCCACGAACACGGAAACCAGCAAAAACGUCGGUAACACGAUACUCUACGAGACGGUGCUAUCGAUCAUGGACAUCAAGUCGGAGAGCGGGCUUCGCGUCUUGGCGGUCAACAUACUCGGCAGAUUUUUACUGAAUAACGACAAGAAUAUCAGAUACGUGGCCCUGAACACGUUAUUGAAGACGGUUUACGUGGACACGAGCGCGGUGCAGAGGCAUCGAUCGACAAUUCUGGAAUGCCUGAAGGACCCGGACGUAUCGAUCAGAAGGCGCGCGAUGGAGCUGAGCUUCGCGCUCGUGAACGCCAACAAUAUCAGGAACAUGAUGAAGGAGUUGCUCCUGUUCUUGGAACGCGCCGAUCCGGAGUUCAAGGCCCAAUGCAGCAGCAACAUCGUAAUGUCCGCGGAGAGAUUCGCCCCGAACAAACGCUGGCAUCUCGAGACGCUCUUCAAAGUGCUCGUCGCGGCUGGUAAUUACGUGCGAGACGACGUGGUGGCGUGCACGAUACAAUUAAUUUCGGAGACGCAGCCGCAGCAGGGCUAUGCCGUCAGCGCGCUGUGGCGCGCGUUAGAAAAGGACACGUCCGACAAGCAGCCCUUGGCGCAAGUUGCCACGUGGUGCAUCGGCGAGUACGGCGAUCUGUUGCUGUACAGUCCGCCGUCGGAAGAUGCCGAGACUCCGAUCAAUUUGACGGAGGACGAAAUCAUCGAUGUGUAUCAAAGGCUACUCUGGAAUCCGCAAAACACUGUGGUCACGAAACAGUACACCUUAUUGUCCCUCACGAAAUUGAGCACGAGGUUCCAGAAAGGUCACGAGAAAAUCCGUCAGAUCAUAGAUACGUUUGGUAGCAAUUUGCAUAUCGAAUUACAGCAAAGAGGUAUCGAGUUCUCGCAGCUGUUCCGAAAGUACGAUCACCUGCGGCCCGCGCUGCUCGAGAGAAUGCCGCCGAUGGAAACCGCGCGGCCGCAGGCCAACGGUAUCAUAGGCAUGGUGAACGGCGAGCCGGAACCGGAGGACGAGAAGUCCGCGGCUCUGGAACCGACCACGACUACAUCCGAUUCAAGUGCACUUUUAGACCUACUUGGAACUACGGAUGUAGGAGUGACGAUGCCGGCGGCGGCGACGACCAACAAAAAUUCUUCGCCGAGUUCGACCGCGUUAGCGCAUAAUAAUGACCUGCUGGAUUUGCUCGGAAGUCUGGAUUUGAAUACGCCCACGACGCCUGUCGCUCCCACGCUACCACUUCAACCGCAGGCGCCGUCCACACCGAUGUUCAGCCCCACCAGCAAUAGCAACUUCUUAGUAGACGGACUGCUCAGUACUCCGUCGGUGCAAAACAUCGAACUACCGAGCAUGGCGGUAUUGGACAAAUCGGGGCUCAAAAUAACGUUCAAAUUGGAGAGACCGCCCGACAUCCCCGAUCUGUUAGUCAUAAAUAUGCUGGCUCAAAACUCCGGAAGCACCACUUUAACCGAUUUUCUGUUUCAAGCAGCAGUUCCUAGGACAUUCCAACUACAAAUGUUAUCGCCGUCGGGUACCGUCAUUCCGCCGUCUGGUCAAGUAACCCAAGUGUUGAGAGUGACAAAUAUGAAUAGAGCACAGUUAAGGAUGAGACUGCGUAUAUCGUAUACAGGCCCAACCGGGUCGGUUCUGGAGCAGACAGAAGUCAAUAACUUUCCCGUUUCGACGUCGCCGUGACAAGAUGUAAUACAGAAUUCAUUUGUACAUACGCCUGCCUAAAAAAUAAUUGACCGAGUCUUGAGAUGGGAUUGAGGGGAGGAUGGAAAAAAAACGUAAUUUCGUCUCUCCGUCGGGAAGUGAGACAUACUAUUUGGCAAAUGGAUAUAUCUAAAAAAUACACAUACAUACAUACACACAGACACUUAUAUUAAGCAAUUAAAUCUUUGUAUGCGCGGCACCGACAAGGCAAGAUCUAAACUUUAUAAGAGAGACUUUGGGUAUGUCAAAAGGUAUGAUAAUUUAAUUUCGCCCGCGAGAUUUGUUCGGCAUAUUCUGAAAACUUCAUUCGUGAUGUGAAACUUCGCGACUUCUCUUCGCGCGUGUGUUAAAGCUGGUCGCGGGUGAUGUGAUAUUAAGGUCGCGGUCUUUCAACAAAAAAAAAAUUACGUUUUGUAUUAUUACUGUCGUCUAUCGUUCUCGCGUGAUUACGCUCGAUUACGAUGAGAGAGAGUGCAAGUGCUUCGUUUUCAUAACGUGCCGCACGUGUAUGUGUGUGGAAAAUAAGGAGAAGAGACAAGAAAGAUGUAAAUAUUUUUUCUAAUCGAAAUACGCGGAGGGAAUUGGGGGGAGAGGAGAAGGAGGAGGGGGGGGAGGGACACCUCGUGCUUCGAUCGGUUGCAUUCCCGCUGUUUUUACGGCUACUAAAUUUAGCGCGUAAUUUCUCACGUAUGUAGAAAAACGAAGAGACACGGGGAAACGAGAGUAGGAGAGGACAACGGAAACACAAUCAGACGCAAUCACACGCCACUCGAGAACACAACAGAACAACAUUGAGAGGAACCUAAGGAGGAAUCGGAGGGAGGUUCCGUUUCACCGAAAGUGCUCUGUCGCUGCCCCAAAAAAGUUAUCUACGAGAAGGCACCUACUGACUCUCUCGCUGUAACAAACAAACAAACAAACAAGCAAACAAAAAUACGAUCUUUUCUACCGCUGUAUUUGUAAGAUAUCGCGGACGACUCGCGAAUGAUCGUCUUGUAAAUAUUAGAUAAUCACAGUGACGUACAGAGACGAGGAGAUCCUUACGCGAUAGGGGAAAUAGGGAGGGGAAAAAAAAAGAGAAAGAAUACGCGAGAUGGGACUCUUUAUAUGUGUACAUGAUAGAACUGUCGAUUCAAUAGCGCGAAUACGAAUAAUAUUCACAUUUCCGUCUUCGGGAAAGAUUUUUUUUUUUUUUUUUUUGAAGAGGAGAGGGGUGAGAUAUACACGCCGACACAAACACACAUCACAUACACACACCGACGCCUACGGUGCAUGAGUGUGUUGCGCAGUUUUUUCGAAUUCGUAUUCAGAGUACAGAGUAAACAUUGGAGGGCUGAAUUCUGAUUGUCAUGUUAUAUUUGUCGCGCGUAUGUAUGCAUGUUGAAGCCUCGCAUCCGAGAUUGCGCGAGAAAGUUAUCACGAGAAUUUAUAUACCGCGGUUUCCGCGGUCCAAUUGAACCUCUUCGUCGCGUCCGAGUGACAUUAAUUCGCACCAAAAAAAAAAAA